UCGGAUUAAACAACGCCUACUACGCAACGAAGGGUUAAGACAAGACAAUAACCUAAAUGUAAAGACGAGACAGAAGGGUAAAAAGAAUGAAAUGUAUGCGAUUCAAAGUCGUCUGGCAAUCCACGAAACCCAGGAUCAUCUACCAGCACCAGACGGAGGGAAUGACAAGUGUUCCAUAUCAGCGAGUUGGACGAGAUACGCCAUCGAAUGGCUUUUUGCAUUCUUAUGCAGUAGAUCCAGUAGCCUGAGCAGGUCUUGCAGCACCAGCCGAGGAUGCCUCCUUGAGGGCAAGGAGUUGCUUCGAUCGGAAGGCCUCGUAGUGGAUUUGGGCCGUAGUCUCGAUCAAAUCUUGCAAGUGUGUCCUGAGGAGGAAAUCACGGAGGUACACGAACUCGCAAUGACGCUCAUCCUCGACAUUCACAACACCCCAUCGGUUCUUGCGACCGCGGACGGGCUUUCCGUCAAUGAUCACAUUGCGCUCCGAGCCAACGAUGGCGAAGGGGAUCAUGGAGCGGAUGACAUCGUUGUGCUUCAAUUCCUCCUCAUCAAACUCGUCCGUAUCAAAGGGAUAGAGGCGGAUGUUGUGGUAUACUAG